GAAGGAAAUCCAAGCAACAAACUUGGCAUUCUGGCCUGUUCUUGCCAGGAGAAACAAAGAUCGAUGAGGCCUCAGGUGAUACUCGUCGGCACUCUGGCUGUUAUCGCUAUCCUCGCAGCUCUCGGCGAAGGCUCGUCGUGGCCGUGCUGCGACAACUGCGGUGCUUGCAACAGGAAGCAGCCGCCGGAGUGCCAGUGCAAUGACGUGUCGGUGAACGGGUGCCACCCGGAGUGCAAGAACUGCGUCAAGGUCGGUGCAGGAAUUCGUCCCGGCAUGGGCCCCGGCCCCGUCGUCACCUACCGCUGUGAUGACGUUCUCACAAACUUCUGCCAGACCAGCUGCCCGGAGGCGCCGGCGCCGUAGGCGGCGUUGCUGGGUGGUGUCUUCUUCUGACGUACGGCAUGCAUGGGACGCCGCCGUACGUCGAUCUGCUGCAAGCAUGCAUGCCAAGUCGAGUUUCCAGCUUCGUCAGAGAAGAAAUAGAUAAAUAAAUGUCGCCGGCCGCUCUGUUCGGUGCUUGCUCUUGUUCGUCGUCGGUCUCUCUCUCUCUCUUUUUUUUUUUUUCUAGAAUAAAGAGCCAUAUGCAUGCAUGAUGCAUAUGCCAUGCUCAAAGCACUGUUGGAUGGUUUUCGUUUACCAGCUUCGUGAGGUCCUUCGAUUUU